CGAGACUUCACUCUUCUCGUCUUCUUCUCACCUCAGGAAGGCUGUUCAUUCCGUGCCUUCAAAUUUAUUUUGCUCUCCCUCUCUCUCUCUCUCUCUCUCUCUCUCUAAUUCUCAAUUGUUUUGAUGAAAUGUAUCGCAUUUCCCAAAACAGAAGAACAUUUUAUUUUCAUUUUCUGCAAUGCCCAUUUCUCAACUCCUUCACAACAGCAAAGAAAACAGCUCCAGCGGUCUCCUCCGAUCCAUCCUUGCCAUUUACAGUUCAAUACCUCGUCAAUACAUGUGCGCUUCCCGUAGAAAGUGCUCUUUCAGCAUCCAAAACGCUGCAACUCGAUGAAAGAAAUCCCCAGAAGCAUGACUCUGUCCUGAACUUCCUAAAAUCCCGUGGUUUCUCCGAUACCCACAUUUCAAAACUCAUCACUAAGCGCCCUUCGCUUCUCCGCUGUAAUUUAGAGGGAAAACUCAAACCCAAGAUAGAAUAUCUUCUUGGUUUUGGAUUUUCGGGCUCCACUCUCGCAGAGCUACUCCUCUCAUGCCCAAAUAUUCUUAGAAGCUUGGAUAAUGUUCUGAAACCAAAUUUUGAAGUCCUCUUGACAUUGCUGAAGACAAGUGAAGAUGUCAUCAAUGCCGUUAAGCGCUAUCCAUGGCUCCUAAAUUUUGAUCUCAGACGAAAUAUGCAACCUAAUGUGUCUAUCUUAAUGAGUCAGGGUGUACACGUUGCACAUAUCUCCAAGCUUAUCAUCUCCCAUCCGAGGACUGUAGUGCAGAAGGUGGAUAAAAUGAUCAAGAUUGUCGAGACUGUCAAAAAGUUGGGAUUCCAACCCAGCAGUUCCUUGUUUGUACAUGCUGUUCGAGCAAUGUCUUCAACGACUGAACCCACAUGGAAAAGAAAAAUGGAGGUUUUUAAGAGCUUCGGGUGGUCUGAGGAAGAGGUUAUGUCUGCUUUUAAGAGAAGCCCUAAUGUUAUAACUUGUUCAGAGGAGAAGAUCAAGAGGUUGAUGGAUUUCUAUACGAGCACUAUGAAGCUGGAGAGAUCAACAAUAAUUGCAAAUCCCACUCUUCUAGGGUAUGGAUUUAGCACAAGGAUCUGGCCAAGAUAUUUGGUUAUAAAGGUUUUGGAGACAAAGCAGCUGCUUAAAGUAGGCAGGAAACUUAUUUGGGCAUUUAGGCUUAAUGAGAAAAAAUUUGUGGAGACCUAUGUGACUAUGCAUUUGGUUAGAGUGCCAGAUUUAAUGGAGGUUUACAAGGACGCCAUUGCAGCUAAAGAGACUUGUAUUGAUGGUGAUGAUAGGGGAGUAAGUAGAAUAUCAGGAGAUAAAAUUUUGACUCGGAAUGCUGAAUAAACGAUUGCUCUGAAGAAUGCUGUUUUUUCUCUGCUGUCAAAAUUCGGCUGCGCCUGUAUUUUUCAAAUCUUCAAGUUAAUGUUUAGUUGCUGUUUUGAAGCCACCAGGCAAGGAUAACAGCAGCAACAACCUCAUACACCGGUGACGGCGAGCAGCGAGCUGACUGUCUUCCCACUUUCCCAGUUCGUGUUGUGCUAAGAGUCUUCCUCUCCAAGUAUGUGUUAUGCUCUGUCUGCGUUUGGUCUGGCGUCUGACUGUCUUCCCACUUUCCCAGUUCUCUCUUUCUGAACUCCGAAGCAACAACCUCAUAGUCUCAUACUCCGGCGACGACGACAGUGAGCAGUAAGUCGGUUGUCGAAGUCUCUUACUCUCAGGGUACCAGGCUGAUGUACAUUGAAAUAUAGGGGCACCAAAAUCAGAACCUCCUCUUAACCUCCAUUGUUUGUUCAUAUUUGAGGACUUGUGCUAUUUGGUCAGUUGUCACAUAUAUUAGACCAAUUUGAGCAAUUUUCUUCUUCUAACACCCCAAAUAAGUUAAGUUGUUUAAAGGUGGACCAAAUAUUUGGAAGAGGGACAAGGAGGGGAACACAGAAAAGAUUACACUCCAUUGGAGACACUUUUCAACUACAACUUGUCUUUCCUUGACAUAGGGAGAGAGGUUGGUUUGUGGAUAGAGGGCACUUUGUUUCCUAGAAAAGAAAUCUGAGAAAUUCCACAAGUUUGUGUCUUAGACGUGCAACCCUGAAUUAGUCAAGACUCAAAAUGCUGUUAAUCAAGGGUUGAAGUUAAGACUUGCAAUAUUUCAAUGAGAACAUGGAAAGGAGAAAUAACAAAUGCAACUGUGGAUUCAAAAACACCUGACACCAAAGGAGAAGAAACAAGUGAAUUAUGGAAUCCAUUUGCACUUGGACAAUUUUGGCAUGCACAUGCUGAUGUGGAUGGAAAUGGAACAAUCGAUUAUAUUGAAUUUAUUACUGCAACCAUGCAUAGUAACAAGCUAGAAAGAGACGAACAUCUAUAUAAAGCCUUCCAGCAUUUUGAUAAAGAUCAGAGCAGAUACAUUUGUGACAGGAUGCCCGGGCUGCUAAUGUUAUGCCGUUUGGAAGCUCCAUAGUUCCUAUUCAAAAGGAAUAGUCUUCGUUGGCGUGAAGAGGAGAGAGAAACUGGCUUACUUGGCAGAAGAGACCGUUGUAUUUGCAUUGAUGGUGGGAGUAGCUGGUUGUUUUUAUGUUGUUAUUUUUUACCAAGAUGCCCUGGCAGCUUGUUAUUUUUUAUAUUUGUUUAAUGGUGGGAGUAGCUGGAAUGGUAGCAAGAAACAGUUGUAUUUGCAUUGAUGGAAAUGCCAAACAUCCACAAAAAUUGUAUUCUUA